AUGGUGAAUAAAGAGGAAUUAAUUUCUAUAUUAUUUACCCAAGCAUUAAUUUUACUGGAAUUAUUUGAUGAUGAAGAAGAUGAUUAUAAUCUUUAUAUUAAAGAUAUUGAAAAUUGUAUACUGUUUCUGAGUAAAAACUCUAUUAAGAGACUGAAACCUCGAUUGUAUGAUGAUACAGAUGUUAUUCUAUCACGUUAUAGUGAUAAACAUUUUAAGUCACAAUUCAGGAUAGAACGAUCAACAUUUGAUUAUAUUUUGAAUAUUAUAAGACCUUCGUUAGUGAGGUCAUCAUGUGGGCGUAAGAGAAUAUCACCUAAAAAGCAAUUUUUAAUUGCUCUGUGUAAAAUAGCUAUUUCAGAUUCAUAUAGAUCCAUUUGUCAGAAAUUCAAUGUAGGUAGAGCCACAGCAUUAAUGGCUUUAAGAAGAGUAAUCAAAGCAAUCACUGAACAAGCUUCUUGUUUUAUAAAAUGGCCACAGGAUAAUAGAGCAGAAGAAAUUAUUAGAGGAUUUGCUGCAACCAGUGCUUUUCCUGGAAUAAUAGGAGCAAUUGGUGGUACACAUAUUAAAAUUAAGACGCCACAUAUCAAUUCUGAUUCUUAUAUUAAUAAAAAUGGAUAUCCUAGUAUACAAUUGCAGGUAUAA